AUGGGUGCCGCGCGUCCACGGCGCUGGAGGUUCCCCUUCCAACGCAGCGCGCCCUCCUCCCCCUCCUCCAAGUCCCUGCCGCCGGCCCCCUACUCGCCCGCGCGCUCCGCGGCGGCCGCGUACCCGGAGCCGGACCGGAAGUGGGAGGAGGAGGCCGCGCCGCCGGAGUUCGUCUGCCCGCUCUCGGGCGCGCUCAUGGCCGACCCGGUCAUCCUGCCCUCCGGUCAGACGUACGAGCGCGCCUGCCUCCAGGCCUGCGCGGAGCUCUCCUUCUUGCCCCCCGGCGCGGGCUCGGGUUCUGAUGCGUUGAUACCAAACUCAGCCCUCAAGGCGGCCAUCGGCACUUGGUGCGCCCGCUCCGGCCGCGCGGCGCCUCGGCCGCCGUCCAAAGAAGCUGUCCGGGAGGCCGUGCUCCGCGCGAUGCCUCCGGCCGCGGCUGCCGCGGCCGAGGCCAAGUCCGUUAGGACUAGAAGGGCGGCGAUGGCGAGCUCGUCCAAUUCAUCCUACUCCUCCCCGGCGUCCGCCGCGUCGACGUCCACGUAUACGUCGUCCUCGGAGAUCACACCCGCGGAGGAGGAUGUGGCUGCGAAGACAGUCAAGGAGGCCGUGAAGGAAGUGACCCAGCUGGAGUUGCCGGUCGACCCGUUGGAGGAUGAGGUGGUCGCGAUCGUAAUGGACGCAGACGAAGAUGGAGAGGUGGCGGCCGCGUUGGCCGUCCUCCGGGACGCCACCCGUGAGAGCGCCGAGCGUCGGCUCGCGCUCUGCACGCCGCGGCUGCUCGCGGCGCUCCGGCGUGUGCUGCUAAUCCCGCGGCACGCCUCCGCGCGGGUCGACGCAACGGCGGCGCUGGUCAACCUCUCCCUUGAGCCGGCGAACAAGGUACGCAUCGUCCGCGCUGGCGCCGUGCCGGCGCUCGUCGAGGUGCUCCGCUCGGGCGGCUCGGUGCCGGAGGCGCGCGAGCACGCGGCGGGCGCGCUCUUCGGGCUGGCACUCAACGAGGAGAACCGCGCCGCCAUCGGCGUGCUGGGCGCGGUGCCUCCCCUGCUGGACCUCCUCACCUCCCCCGCCCACCACCCGCGCGCGCGCCGCGACGCCGGGAUGGCGAUCUACCACCUCUCGCUCGCCGCCGUCAACCAGUCCAAGGUCGCGCGCUUCCCGGGGGCCUCCAAGGCGCUCCUCAGCGUCGCGUCCAGCGCCGCCGAGCCAACGCCCAUCCGCAGGCUGGCUCUCAUGGUGAUCUGCAACGUGGGCGCCUGCUCGGAGGGCCGCGCGUCGCUGAUGGACGCUGGCGCCGUCGCGGCAGUGUCCGGCAUCCUCCUCUUGCCCCACGACGACGCCACCCGCCUCACUCUCGCGGAGCUGGAGGAGUGGUGCGUGGCGGCGAUCUACGCGCUGAGCCGCGGCAGCCUCCGGUUCCGCGGCCUGGCGCGCGCGGCGGGCGCGGACAGGGCCCUCCGCCGCGUGGCCGAGGAGGGAACCCCCGGCGGAGUCCGGCGCGAGAUGGCGAGGAAGACGCUCCGCGCCAUGCGGGGCGACCUGGACGAGGAGGCGGACCUGACCGGCAGCAGCCUGGAGUGCGGCGACGGCGACGACUGCGGCGGGAGCAUCGUGUCGGACGGGCUCAUGUCGUUCCGGCGGCGGCAGCGCGAGGUCGGGGCCUCGUCGUGCGGCAACACCGCCGAGUUCUGA